UCCAAUUACCCUUUCCUCCAUUUCAUCGAUCCUUCUAGAAUCAUCAAGAAUCCUCUUACUUCCACGACCCCCCUAUGUACUUAUCCCCAGCUUUCCCAUUUUCUCUUAACCUUUUCGAUCUCUUAGUUACAAAGUUCAGCCCUUUUUAGUCAUCUUACAUUCCUUUGUCUCCACUAUAUAUACGGUGUUCAGUCUUUUUACUCUUCAUAAGUACACAUAACUAGAUCCUUGCAGUUGCAGAUCAUCUGAGCUUUUUCAUUUUGAAAAUUUACAGUCAAAGUUUUUAUUUUUCUCUCUCUUUAGUGAAGUUGGAAAAUGGACCGUGGAAAUUACCGACGUGGUGGUGGUGACAGCAGUCGUGGCGGUGGAGGUGAUAGCAGCCGCGGCGGUGGUGGUGGAGGUAACCGUGGUCGUGGUCGCGGCCGCGGUGGUGGUCAAUACGAACAGGAGCAAGGCCGUGGAGGUGGAAGGGGUGGGUCCCAGAUUGGUGGCGGAAGGGGUGGGCCCUCCCAGAUGGGUUCAUUCAACCAGCAACCAAUUCAGCCUCCACAGCAAUGGGGUAACCAGCCAAGGGCAUCUGGUCCGGGUCAGAGUCAGUAUCAGGCUCGUGGGGCUCCGUAUAAUCAGCCGGGUCAGCAGCAGCCAGUUGGACAAAAUCCGGGUCGUGUCAGGCCACCGUCGCAGCAGCCACCACAACAUGGUCCCGGAAACCAGCAGCAGCGGGAUGUGCAACCCAGUAGCUCAGAAGCAUCAAAUGUUCGCCCGUGGGGUCCACCUUCAGACUCUAGUCCUCCUCCUCCUCAGUCUUCUGAUCCUGUUCAAGUUGAUCUGAAGUCGCUGAGUAUUACAGAAAAAGAGAGUACAUCAUCUCCUCCGGAAAGUAACAACGGAAAGCUUGUACCUAUUGCACGACCUGAUACGGGAAAAGUUGCUGUCAAGUCAAUUAGACUGCUUGCUAAUCAUUUUCCUGUUAGAUUUAAUCCUCAGUCUACCAUUAUGCAUUAUGAUGUGGAUAUCAAGCAAAUCAUGACUGAUGAGACCCGGGCUGUGAAGAGGUCAAUAAACAAGUCGGAUCUUCGUAUGAUAAGAGACAAACUGUUUGCUGAUAAUCCUGUUCAAUUUCCAAUAGAUAAAACUGCAUAUGAUGGUGAGAAGAACAUUUUCAGUGCUGUCCAACUUCCUACUGGGCGAUUCACUGUGAACUGCUCUGAUGGGGAUGAUGGUAGGGGACGCUCGUAUGUCUUCACCAUUAAGUUUGUUACUGAACUGAAACUUUGCAAGUUGAAAGAAUAUUUGAGUGGAAACCUCUCUUACAUACCUCGUGAUGUACUACAAGGAAUGGAUUUGGUUAUGAAAGAAAAUCCUUCUAGGUUCAGGAUAGUUGCAGGUCGUAGCUUCUACUCAAAUGAGCACUUGGCUGAACAUGACUUUGGAUUUGGAGUUGCUGCAUAUAGAGGUUUUCAACAAAGCCUAAAGCCUACAUCUGGAGGGCUUGCCUUGUGCCUUGAUUACUCAGUCUUGGCAUUCCGCAAAGCAGUGCCUGUGCUAGAUUUCCUGAGGGAAUAUAUUGGAGAGUUUAAUGAAAAUAAUUUUACUCGUAAAAGAGCUGCAGAGGAUGCAUUGGUUGGUUUGAAAGUCAAAGUAACUCAUCGUCGUAGCAGUCAGAAAUAUGUUGUUAAGAAGCUGACUGAUGAGAUGACUCGCGACCUUCAUUUUCUCCUUGAAGAUCCAGAAGGAAAAGAUCCUCCUAGGGAUGUUUUUCUUGUUGACUACUUCAGGGAAAAAUAUCAGAAGGAGAUUAGGUACCAAAAUUUACCUUCAUUAGAUCUUGGAAAAGGUAAUAAGAAAAACUAUGUCCCAAUGGAAUUCUGUGUCUUGAUCGAGGGACAGCGAUAUCCUAAGGAGCAUUUAGAUAAGGAUUCAGCCUUGUUUUUGAAAAAAAUAUCACUAGCUCCACCGCGAGAGAGAAGGGAUACAAUAUGUGAAAUGGUACGGGCUGAAGAUGGGCCGUGCGGGGCUGUCACCCGUAAUUUUGAAAUUGGAGUUGAUAGGAACAUGACCUGUGUUUCGGGUCGUAUCCUUCCUGCCCCUGAUUUGAAGCUAGGUGGUCAAAGUCGAGUUCCUGUGGAUAAUAAAUGCCAGUGGAACCUUGUUGGGAAAUCUGUGGUGGAAGGCAAGGCACUUCAGCGAUGGGCUCUGAUAGAUUUUAGCUCCCAGGAACGCAGCCCCAACUUUAGGCUAAGAGCUGAUGAAUUUGUCUAUAGAUUGAAAGAGCGGUGCAAAAAGUUAGGGAUCAACAUGGAAGAACCUGUCAUAAAACAUUUCACUGGCAUGUAUGAUCUCUCUGCGGUUAGUAAGGUUGAAGAUCUCCUCAGAGGUGUGGUUCAUGCAGCUGACAAGAAAAUCAAGGGUCGGCUACAAAUGAUAGUUUGUGUUAUGGCAGCAAGGCACAAUGGAUACAAAUAUCUCAAAUGGGUCUCUGAAACAAAAAUUGGUGUUGUAACGCAAUGUUGCUUGUCAUCUCUAGCCAACAAGGGACAGGACCAAUAUCUUGCAAACCUCUGUAUUAAGAUUAAUGCAAAACUGGGAGGUAGCAAUAUGGAACUUAUGGAAAGACUCCCUAAUUUUGGAGGUGAAGACAAUGUCAUGUUCAUUGGAGCUGAUGUUAAUCAUCCUGCUGCAAGGAAUGUGACAUGUCCAUCCAUAGCAGCUGUUGUUGCCACUGUCAACUGGCCAGCUGCUAAUAGAUAUGCGGCUAGAGUUUGUCCUCAGGACCAUAGGACUGAGAAGAUACUAAAUUUUGGGAGCAUGUGUGCAGACCUACUGAAUGCUUACACUCGACUCAACUCAUUUAAACCAAACAGAAUUGUUGUUUUCCGUGAUGGUGUGAGUGAGGGCCAAUUUGAUAUGGUACUUAAUGAAGAGCUGGUUGAUUUGAUGAAGGCUAUAUACGAUAAUCACUAUCGACCAGCAAUUACUCUUGUUGUGGCUCAGAAAAGACACCAUACACGACUAUUUCCUGAUGGUGGCCCUGGCAAUGUACCUCCGGGUACUGUUGUGGACACAAUAAUUGUUCAUCCAUCUGAUUUUGACUUCUAUCUUUGCAGCCAUUUUGGAGGAUUGGGAACUAGCAAGCCUACUCACUAUCAUGUUUUGUGGGAUGAGAAUGGCUUCAAUUCUGACCGCUUACAGAAGCUUAUAUACAACAUGUGCUUCACCUUCGCGCGGUGCACAAAACCUGUUUCACUUGUUCCACCAGUGUACUAUGCUGACCUUGUUGCCUACAGGGGACGGAUGUUCCAAGAGGUGCUUAUGGAGAUGCAGUCUCCUGUGUCUUCAACUACAUCCUUCACAACUUCGGCGUCAUCUUCUUCUUCAACUGCCUCAUUUGAACAAGGAUUCUAUAAUUUGCACCCCGAUCUGCAGAACAUAAUGUUCUUUGUCUGAUCGCAGGUACCCCAUACUGUUCUGUCUGAUGAUAGACAACCCAGCUUUUUGAUCUCCUUCACCACUCCCACACUGGUGCAGGAGAUGGUUGUCCACAUCUUGGAGAUGCCCAUUUCCAAACGCAUUUGAACCUCCUUUCUAUCGACCUAGCAAAGGUGUUUGUGCGUGAAUCUAAUGGGAUGUCAUGCUUGUUUUACUGCCUUUUAUUUUCUAUGGUCCUCACUCUUAGAGGUGUGACUUUUAGGAGUGAGUUUGUCCAGUGAUGUCUUAAUGGUUUGACGUUUUAUUUUGUGUAUUUACUUUGGUCUUUUGAGGCCACUGCCAGUAUGUUUGAAGUUUGCAGACUGUUUUAAAUUGUGUGAUGUCUUUUAUUAUGUAUUCUGAGACAGAAACUGAAUUUCUUCUAUGCAAGUGUGUGAGCUACUUGAAGUUUGUUUAUCA